GUGAGCGAGCUCAGCUCAUCGCACUCGCACACCCAUCUGGCAUUACACCAACCUAGCUUAGAUCUCUCUCCACUUGCCUCCCUGCUUGGUCUCCUUGCUAUUUCCCCGGCUCGCCGUCGUCGGCUGAUAGCGGACAGUCUUGAGUCUGUGGGCCGGGAUAAAACUAGAAGAAGAUGUCGGACGACACGGCGACCGAUGGCACGGCGACCUGCAUCGACAUCAUCCUCGCCAUCAUCCUGCCGCCCCUCGGAGUCUUCUUCAAGUUCGGCUGCGGGAUUGAGUUCUGGAUCUGCCUGAUUCUCACCUUCUUCGGCUACCUCCCCGGCAUCAUCUACGCCGUCUGGGUCAUCACCAAGUAGAGGAGGAGCCACGACCCCUCAAGGAGAUGAUGGGGACCUUGCUCGUGUGAUCCGUCGUGCGUGCCUGGUGCAAUCUGUUUGUUUGAGAUGUAAUCUUUUUUCUGGUGUUUUCGAAUUCCUUCUUUGGCCCGCUCUGGAUACGGGGCUCACUGUGUUGGGUGUGCUGUACAUGUGCCUACGACUGUUUCUCGCUGCUGCUGCUGCUGCUGUACCUCUUCCAUUGUAUCAUCCUGUUCAUCUGCACAUUUCCCUCCCUGUACUUUUGAUUGAUUCAUUAGUCGAUUAUUUCGUCCUGUUCUAGUGGAGAAAAUCUACUGGCUUAAUUA